CACACCCUCAACUCAGAGAGAGAGAGAGAGAGAGUGAGACCUGCUGCACUGACAACAACCCCGUGCAGGAGACCCAGGAGCGCAUCAGAAGCAUCGCCACUGAAAUCCAUUCUUCAGCCAGCCUGACACACACAGGACACAGCAGGACUUACAGCAGGACCGGGAGCACAGCUCAGGAUGGCCGACAGUGAAGAUGCCAAGAGUGGUGAUGAGCGUCCCAAAUGGGAUAAUAAGGUCCAGUACCUGUUGACCUGCAUCGGCUUUGCUGUGGGUCUGGGUAAUGUGUGGAGAUUCCCAUACCUCUGUCAGGUCUAUGGUGGAGGUGCGUUCCUCAUUCCCUACCUGAUAGCGCUGGUGUUUGAGGGUCUUCCCCUCCUCUACCUGGAGUUGGCCAUCGGCCAGCGUCUACGCCUGGGUAGCAUCGGAGUGUGGAAUUCUAUAUCCCCGUACCUGGGAGGAGUAGGUGUGGCUUCUAUGAUCGUGUCCUUCCUGGUGGCUGUGUACUACAACACCAUCCUGGCCUGGGUCCUCUGGUACUUCUUCCACUCCUUCCAGAACCCUCUGCCCUGGAGUGAAUGCCCGGUCAACGAGGACCUCACAGGCUAUGUGCAGGAGUGUCUGGACAGUACUCCCGUUAAUUACUUCUGGUACCGGCAGACACUGAACGUGACGCCCAACAUUGAGACCAACGGGUCCCUCCAAUGGUGGCUCGUCUUGUGCUUGAUUACGGCCUGGUGUAUCGUCUACAUCUGUUUCAUCAGGGGGAUUGAAACCAUUGGCAAGGCGGUGUAUGUAACGGCCACAUUCCCAUACCUGGUGCUGACCAUCUUCCUGGUCCGUGCCUUGACACUUCCUGGAGCGACCGACGGCCUCAUCUACCUCUUCACACCAGACUGGAACCUGCUGCUGAACCCCCGAGUGUGGCUGGAUGCCGCAACUCAGAUCUUCUUCUCCCUGUCUCUGGCCUUCGGUGGCCUCAUAGCCUUCUCCAGCUACAACCCACAGAAAAAUAACUGUGAGAGAGAUGCUGUUCUGGUAGGAUGCAUUAACAGUGCCACUUCACUGUAUGCCUCCAUCUCAAUAUUCGCCAUACUGGGCUUCAAGGCAACCUCAAACUACAACACCUGUGUGCAAGGCAACAUCAUAGCACUCACCAAUGGCUUUGACGUUGCUGAUCAGAACAUAACCGUUGACAACUUUGACAGUUGGCUGGACAACCUGAACAAAACAGAUCCUGCUAAAGUCUCCUACUUGAAUCUGACCGAAUGCAACCUCCAGACAUUCCUGGAUGAGAGUGCAUCAGGAACAGGUCUGGCCUUCAUCGUCUUUACGGAGGCUGUGAUUUCAAUGCCGGGCUCUCAGGUGUGGGCAGUGCUCUUCUUCGUCAUGUUGUUCAGCCUGGGGCUCUCGUCUAUGUUUGGGAACAUGGAGGGGGUCCUUGCCCCUCUGCACGACCUCAAUCUGGUGCCCAAGUGGAUGCCCAAAGAACUCUUCACAGGCUGUAUUUUUGUGCUGUCGUGCCUGGUGAGUCUGAUCUUUACCAUGGACUCAGGAAACUACUGGCUGGAGAUUUUCAACAACUACGUGGGCUCCGUCUCCCUGCUUAUCAUCGCUUUCUUUGAGAUCAUCGGUGUAGUCUUCUUUCAUGGAAUGGGACGGUUCAGUGAUGACAUUGAGUUUAUGACGGGACGGCGUCCCAACCUGUUCUGGAAGGCGUGUUGGAUGUGCAUUAGUCCUCUGCUGCUGUUGGUCGUCUUUGUAGCCUACAUCAUAGUUCAGGUCCAGACAACACCCACCUACCCCACCUGGAACCCAGACUAUGUUGACUUCCCUGUAACGGACGUCCAGCCGUACCCCACCUGGGUAUUUGUCAUCUGUGUUCUCCUGGUAGCCAUUCCAGUAGGGCCCAUACCAAUAGUGGCCUUAUACAGAUUAAUCAAUAGGAAACUGCGCAGAACCGGGAGAACAGACACUAGCAGAACAUCAAAUCCAUAUGCCAACGAGGGCUUCAACAUGGACACGUAGACGGCAAUAGGGACAUGCGUGAUGAUAAUGAGACCAACAUUUGAUACUGUUUGAUACUGUUUCAAUCAAGAGAACUGUGCACUAGUUUUCUGUACUUUCUGUGAUCAGGAAAACCUUUGGAUAACUUAAUACACUUAAACUUAACAAUAAAUGAUCAAAUGUUUAAGCUUCUUGUUGAAGCUUUUCCUGAUGUAAAUAAAGAAUAUACAACUGCCAAAGAGAUCCCACAGCGGAAGAGUACUCUAAUGUUCAGGAGUGAAUACAGUGACAAAAUAGUGCAGUCUUCUGUUUAACUUUGUAGUCAUUCUAGCUCAGUAUAUUUUUUAUAUGUGGAAAUUCGAAAUGCUCAACAAUGUAAAAAUACAUUUUAGAUAUUGUAUUUGUAACAUACAUGUACUACUUGGUUUUCAUGCUAAGUAUUUAUUUCUCUUCUGGAAAUAAAAGUGCAUAGAACAUGGAAAAUCAGAAACCAUUUUGUUUUUUACAGAAACAUUAAUAAACAUCUUGUAACAGA